GGCGCUGAGGCGACCAUGGUGCGCAUCACUGAAGAUCUUGUUAGAAGACGUGCAGAACAUAACAACUGUGAGAUAUUUUCACUGGAAGAAAUCUUCUAUCUUCAAAAUAAUUUAAUUCCAAAAAUUGAAAAUGUGGGCAGACUAAAGAAGCUCGAGUAUUUAAAUAUUGCUUUGAACAACAUUGAAAGAAUUGAAAAUCUAGAAGGCUGUGAAGAGCUGAAGAAACUUGACCUGACAGCAAAUUUUAUUGGUGAACUCUCUAGUAUUGAAGUUCUGAAAUAUAACAUACAUCUGAAGGAACUGUUUCUAGUGGGAAACCCAUGUACUGAUUUUGAAGGUUAUAGACAAUUUGUGGUGGCAACUCUUCACCAGCUGGAAUGUUUGGAUAGCAAGGAAAUAGAACGUUCUGAGAGAAUUCGAGCACUUCAAGACUAUCCUGAAGUGAAGGAGAAAAUCAGAGAGCAGGAGAAAGCUUACCUUCUUAAAAGAGCCAGAGAGAAAGAAGAUGCUCAAAGAAGGAUGCAAGAAAAGAAGGAGAAUAAAGAAAAUCAAAUGCAAUCUAAGCUUGGAAUGGACAGCCCAAACUCCCUAUUUGACAGUGGAAACUAUCAGCCAGAAAGAGAGCAACAAACAUGGGAAGAAACUGAUGAGGAAGAAGACAGAAGAUUCUGGGAGGAGCCUACACCAUAUACGCCAGAAUCUAGAUUGGAAACUCACAGAUAUAUUGAAGAAAAGAGAGCUAAAGAUAGUAUAAGGGAGUCAAAGAAGAAAGAAAAGCCACUUCGGACUUUGAUCACCACAGAAGGAAAAGCUCUGAAUGUAAAUGAGCCCAAGCUUCAUUUCACUUUGGAAGAUGACGAAGAAAACAACCAAUUCGUCUUGGAUCUUGCUGUUUACAGACAUCUAGACACUUCUCUGCUUGAUGUUGAUGUCCAGCCAACUUACGUACGAGUACGGGUGAAGGGAAAGCCGUUUCAGCUUGUGCUCCCUGAGGAAGUGAAACCAGAUAGCAGCAUUGCUAAAAGAUCACAAACAACUGGGCAUUUAGUUGUCAGCAUGCCAAAGGCUAAUGGAAUAAUCCUGGCUAGGCAAAAAGUGUCAACUUCAAUCAAAACAUCUGACAGCAAUACACCGCAAAAAAACACAAGAAGAAGUGGACGAGUUGAGAAAUUAGAAGUGGAUCCUAGUAAAUAUUCAUUCCCUGAUGUGACAAAGAUAAUCCAAGAGAAGGAACAAAUUGGACAGGGACCUGUUAGUUUCCAACCAAGGAAAAUUACGGAGAAUGAGAAGAGUUAUGUUGAUGUUGAAAAUAAUGAAGAAGUUCCACCCUUAAUUUGA